AUGAACUCUCAGCUAUUUUAUUUAUAGACUGUAUUUACAAUUCAAAAAGAUCUCACUGAAGAGUAUAAUUAAGAUAAGAUUUUAAUUAAACCUACCUUUAAAUAACUAUUAAACUAAUUAAAAUCUGAUCAAGACAAAAAUAUAAACAUUUUUGGACUUUAUGGAUAUACAGAAACAAUAAUUAAUUAUAUUAUUAAAAGAUACAAUAUUAAUGUUUAAAUAGAUGUUGAAAUAUAAAAUUAAACAUAAAGCUGUAUUGGAAUGAUAAAUUUAGAUAAUUUAUUGUUGUUUUGCUAUAUAAUCCCUGUAAAUAAUAAGGUUGAUUAAAUAGUGAAAUAAAUAGAGACUACUUUAUUUAGGUAAUCAUUAAAAUUUAAAUAGAAUUUUAAUUGAUGUUUGUUAGAAUAUUAUUAUAUUGCCAACUGAAAAUAUAUUAAAAAAAUGGAUUCCGAUUAAAGAUAAUCAAAUACAAAGAAACAAAAUGUAGAAUUACUAAUCAGAAGAGAUUGAUUAAAACAGUUGUAGAUUUGUAGAGAUAUAGUAGAAACUUGGAAUAAUGCAAAUCUAAAAUUAUAACUAAUAUUAUAAGAGCUCAUUAAAUUUGAUACUAUUUUAUAAUCUUAAAUAAGAAGAAUACAGUAAACUUAUUGAAUCUUACUAUUAAGAUUAAGUGAAAAAUAUUAUGUUGUAUGGACGAUUUAAUGAAGAAUUAGAAUUUCCUAAUCUAAUUUUAGAUGGAAAUUAAAUUUAAAAAAUUAAAAAAGAUGUUUUGUUUUCUAUGACUCAUUAUUUUAAAUAAAUUAAGGAUAGUCUUGAGAAUGGUUUAUAUCAAUAAUUAUAAUUGAAAUUUUCUCCUUAAGAAUUUAACUUUUUAAAACUAGUAAGAUUCUUUUUAAAUCAUGCUUUUCGAUAGCUUAAAUCUUUUAAUGAUAAUACUGAAAUACUUAAAGGACCAGAAUUAAUUAAAGAGGUUAAGACAUCUAACAUUUUAUUCAAAUCUAAAGAAUUAUUAGCUAAAUUGAUUAAACUGUAAUUAAGUAUAUUAAUAGAGAAUUUUCAAAGAUGUAAGAUUUUGUCAAUAGAAAGAUUAAAUAAAUAAUGGAGACGAUUGAAAUUGAAAAUGGAGUUGGUCAAGAAUUUAUUAUUGAAAUGA